AGUUGCUUCAGCGACCACAAAGGCAAACAUAUCCGGACCGUAUGUGCCAGGGAGGCGGCAGUACGUCUGGGUGUCUGAUGAAUCGGGGCAGGUGCAGCUUUCUUCCGUCGAUGGCCCAGCUGUUCCAGGUGGGUUUGUAUCUAGCUACGAAGGUGCACCACAUACGUGCACAGGAGGCGGUCGAAAGAAAAAAGGAC